AUGGGUGACGAGCUGCUGGAGCCUGAGGCAGAUGACGACAAGGCACCCGCGAGCCUGCUGUCUGGAAGACCGAUGAUAGCUCCCCGACUGGUCGAUGAUGAAGCCAAAACGGGUGACGAGCUGCUGGAGCCCGAGACAGAUCCGCUGGCUGAGCUGGCACCGAGGACAAACGAGCUACUGGUGCCAGAGACAGAACCGCUGACCGAACCCCCGGAUACAGGCGCUGACGAUGCCACGGUUACAGUACUGGAAGUCGUUGCGACACCCACCAGUCUGGAGUUUCCGCCAGGAACGACCAGUGCGCCUCUUGAUGAAGAUGAUGAAGAUGAAGAUGAACUAGAGAUGCGUCCGAAAGCGAGGUUCGACACCGGAGCAACGACCUGCCCCGACGAAGAGGAUGCGGCAGAUGCAGAAGAUUCCGAGGCGGCAGAGGAAGAGGCAGCUUCAGAGGAGGACGCCGCCGCAGAAGAAUCUGAUGCCGCGGAGGAUGACGCUUCGGCUGAGGAAGAUGCCGCGGCAGAAGAAUCCGAUGCCGCAGAUGACGAUGCUGCUGCGGAGGAAGAUGCCGCUGCAGAAGAAUCCGAUGCCGCGGAGGAUGAUGCUUCGGCUGAGGAAGAUGCCGCGGCAGAAGAAUCCGAUGCUGCAGAGGAUGAUGCUGCCGCAGAGGAUGACGCUGCCGCAGAAGAGUCUGAUGCCGCGGAGGACGAUGCUGCCGCGGAGGAUGACGCCGCUGCAGAAGAGUCUGAUGGUGCGGAGGAUGAUUCUGCCGCGGAGGAUGAUGCUGCAGCGGAGGAUGACGCUGCCGCAGAGUCUGAUGCCGCGGAAGAUGACGCUGCCGCAGAGGAUGACGCUGCCUCAGAAGAUGAUGCUGCCGCGGAGGAUGAUGCUGCCGCGGAGGAUGAUGCUGCAGCGGAGGAUGACGCUGCCUCAGAAGAUGACGCUGCCGCAGAGGACAAUGCCGCGGAGGACGACGCUGCCGCAGAGGACGACGCUGCCUCAGAAGAUGACGCUGCAGCAGAGGACGACGCCGCGGAGGACGAUGCCGCCGCAGAAGACGACGCUGCCUCAGAGGACGACGCCGCCGCUGCGGAGGAAGAGGCGGCGCUCGACGACUGGCACUACCUGCCGCGUCCGUGGGCGUGA